UACUAUUCCAUUCACUUCUACCAUUUUCAUGCUGGAUGAACCUCUGAUAUCCCAUUCAAAAGCUCCCCCUAUCACGUCUACAAUACCCCCCAAGAACUCAGCAAGUCCCAGGAAAACGGGACAAGAAUAAGCCCUUCAACGUUCCCGUCUUGGUACCAUUUUCCACAUCCACAAAAAUUUGAGGCGACCAAACGGAUAUCGUCGUUUCCACCCCGCGCCAAGCCAGCCAAGAAUUGGGGUUAACCUCCAACAGGUUAUAUCGAAUUUAGUAAGAGACCGCAGCCAAUUAUCACCAUUCCCAUCAACAUCACGCUGCAAUCACGCUUUCGUGUGCGGUGCAAUCAUCCUCUUGGAAUUGCAUGGCAAAGCGGGGAGUGACAGCGUAGCCUUCCAAUACCAUCAUACCCCUCUACCCCUCCCUAUCUUUUGGAACAAGCUACAAAGCACGAUGUGUUGCACAGUGACAUUCUGACAAGGCGUAGCUUUCCCUUCUUGCUCUUACUCAAAUCCCCAGAUCCCACAAGCGAAACUUUCGAGGAGUGUCUGUUUUUGGAAAGGAUAGAAUUCUUUGCCCGUAACGAAUGGUUAUUAUUCCGACGACUCAAACUGAUGGCCACUCACAGCCUGUUGCCAUCACAGGUCAAGAAGGCCAGGAUCCUGACGAACCGCCUAUACCGAGGCCCCCUUCUUCGGUCGUCGAAGAAGUAAAGCCUAAGAAUCCGUCGUCGGUUACGGAGGAGAUUGAUAUUGGUACUGCUAGUAUUAGUACUGAUGUUGAGACGAGAGAUGGAGGGACUUCUGUUAAUCCCGCCUUCAGUGGCAGUGCAAAUACUGCGCAUAUCCAUGAUUGGAAGUGUGUAGCUGCCUUCUUAGAAGUUGAUACCAAGUACGUUGUUUGUAUCUGAAGUGUUUUUCGGGUUUCCUAACGAAUACAGAAAUGGACUUUCUACUGAUGAGGCGGAAAAACGCCUCCAAAUUCAUGGACCAAACAGCCUAGAAGGCGCGGGACAAGUCUCCAUCUGGGAGAUUCUACUUCGUCAAGUCUCAAAUAGUUUGACUAUUGUAAGUAAAUCCACAAUUCAUCUGACCCAAAACUAACAGGAAAUCAGGUCUUGCUCAUCGCCAUGGCAUUAUCAUAUGGAACUCUAGAUUUCAUCGAAGGCGCAGUAAUCACCGCCGUAAUCCUCCUCAACAUUAUCCUCGGGUUCGUUGUUCAUCACCAUCUCAUUCUUACUCCAUCACUAAUCACUUCUCCACAGCUUCGGCCAAGAUUUCCGCGCGGAGAAGUCCAUGCAAUCCUUACUCAGUCUCGCCGCUCCAUCCUCUCGCGUAACUCGUGACUCCAAGACCGUCCAGAUCAGGGCGGAAAAUCUGGUAAUUGGAGACAUCGUCAAUCUAGCCACCGGAGACGUCGUCCCCGCCGAUUUACGACUGCUGGAAACUUCAAAUCUGGAAAUCGACGAGGCGAAUUUAACAGGCGAGUCUCUGCCCUCGCCUAAAGAUGCGACAGUCAUCAUGUCUCGGCAAAAAGCCGAGGCCCCUAUUGGUGAUCGCUCGAAUAUGGCGUAUUCCUCGACAACUGUUACGCUUGGGAGGGCAAUCGGUAUCGUCGUCGCGACGGGGAUGAAGACUGAAGUUGGGAAUGUGGCCGAUUUAUUGCGAGGACCGAAGGUCUCUACGAGUUCCAACCCGCUCAUCCGAAUCGGCCAAAAAUUGAAGAGUGGAACCAAAAGUAUCCUUGGUCUAGUGGGAACCCCGAUGCAAAUCAAACUUUCCAAAUUCGCCAUCCUGCUCUUUGCUUUGGCGAUCCUGCUCGCUAUCAUUGUUUUCUCGGCUAAUAAGUGGCAUCUCGAAAACGAAGUCGUGCUUUAUGGGAUCUGUGUGGCGGUUGCGGUGAUUCCUGAGAGUCUCAUUGCGGUGAUGACCAUCACGAGUGCGCUUGCUGUUAAAGCUAUGGCGGCGAGUAAUGUUGUCAUUCGCAGGAUGUCGUCGCUGGAAGCGAUUGGUGGGGUGACGAGUAUCUGCUCUGAUAAGACGGGAACGUUGACGCAGGGCAAGAUGUUUGCUCAUAAGGUUUGGGUCCCUAAAAUGGGCGUUUUGAGUAUCAAGGAUUCGACCAAUAUUCUUGAUCCCGAAGAUGGGAAAUUGGAGAUUGAUGGGAAACCAUUAGAUAAAGAUGAUGUUGGUGUACGAGACAAAGUCACUGCGCUACUACCCGUUCUCGAUGCUGUAGCAUUAUGUAACUUUGCAACAGUAUCACAGACAAACGACAAGGAAAACGAAACCAUCGGCUCCUUUGAGAAAUCCACAGAUGGAAACCUCUUACAAUGGACCGCCCACGGGGACCCGACUGAAAUUGCCCUCCAAGUCCUCGCCAUGCGACUCAACCGUGGAAAAGCGACGCUCUUGCAAACCGGCUCCCUCACUCAUAUAAUGGAACAUCAAUUCGACUCCAGCCUCAAGCGAAUGUCGAUGGUCUACAAAAAUAACAAAGACACCACACUCUCUGUCUUCGCGAAAGGAGCUACGGAAUCUAUACUCCCCCUCCUUGAUAUCUCUCCGAAUAAUCUGUCGAUUAUAAAUACCAUGGUUGAGACGCUCGCUAGUGACGGUCUUCGCGUCCUUUGUAUCGCCUCGAAAACCAUCCCACAACAGGAAAUGAGACGUUGCAAAGACCGAUCCUUCAUCGAAUCAAACCUCACUCUCCUAGGCCUCGUAGGACUCUACGACCCCCCUCGUCCCGAGUCCCUCGCUGCUGUACAAACCUGCCACGCCGCCGGCAUCAAAGUCCACAUGCUAACCGGCGACCACCUGGUAACCGCCUCAUCAAUCGCUCGCACAGUAGGGAUCCUCUCGUCCACCCACUCCAGCUCAGCCGUCAUGUCCGCCGCGACCUUCGACGCGCUCACGGACGACCAGAUUGACAAUCUGCAUGAGUUGCCGAGUGUCAUUGCGAGGUGUAGUCCCACGACCAAAGUACGGAUGGUGGAUGCGCUGAAGCGCCGCGGUGCGUAUUGUGUUAUGACGGGUGAUGGGGUUAAUGAUGCGCCGGCGCUGAAGAGGGCGGAUGUGGGGAUUGCGAUGGGGGUUACGGGGACGGAUGUUGCGAAGGAGGCGGGGGAUAUGGUGUUGACGGAUGAUCAUUUUCAGAGUAUUGUAAAGGCGGUUGAGGAGGGGAGGAGGUUGUUUGAUAAUAUUCAGAAAGUGAGUCGCUCUUUUCUUCAUUUCCUGUUUUUCCCUUUUCCCCUUUUCAGCUUUACGUUUUGGAAUGUUUUCGAAGAGCAGCGAGAGACUCCUUCAUUGCCUUACACAUCCUAUAAAGAGUUGCUAUACAAAUGGUCUGCCAGAGCACACGCAACUUCCUUGUCCCAGGAUAUCUAGGUCAAUGGGAAGUUACAAGUUUUGGUUACAUUCCAACGGUACUCACACAAUCAGUUUCAUUUCACGAGGCUCUUAUGAUAAGAGUCUCUUGACUUGUAGAGACAUUCAGAGCAACGAUCGCAAUUGGAAUAUGUCACUAACAUAGACUACACAGUUCCUAAUGCACCUCCUCAUCUCCAACAUCGCCCAAGUAAUCCUCCUCCUCAUCUCCCUCGCCUUCAAAGACCCCUCAGGGUCCUCCAUCUUCCCCCUCUCGCCCCUCGAAAUCCUCUGGGUCAACAUGAUCACCUCCUCCUUCCUCGCCCUAGGUCUCGGCAUGGAAGAAGCCCAAGCCAAUAUCAUGACCCGUCCCCCACGCUCCCUCAAAACCGGCGUCUUCACCCGCGAACUCAUCGUCGACAAGAUGCUCUACGGCUCCUGCGCAGGCAUCCUCUGUCUCCUCUCUUUUAUCGUCGUCAUCUACGCUCCUGGACAGGGAAAUGCGAGUCUAGGCUCCGGCUGCAAUAAGGGGUGGAAUGAGAGCUGUGAGAUCGUCUUCCGUGCACGUGCUACUGUCUUUGCACUUUUAUCUUUCUUACUCCUCAUCACUGCGUGGGAAGUUAAAUCGUUCUACCGCUCGCUUUUCAAUCUUGAUCCCGACCGCUUUCCGGGGAGGUUUAGUGUGUGCAAAGCACUGGUUUAUAAUCGAUUCCUCCUCUGGGCUGUGGUGGCGGGUGCUGUGAUUACCUUCCCUGUGGUGUAUAUUCCGGUCGUUAAUACGACGGUUUUUAAACAUCGGGGGAUUCGGUGGGAGUGGGGGGUUGUGGCGGUGGGGGUUGGGGUGUAUAUGGCGUUUGUGGAGGCGUGGAAGGGGGUUAAGAGGAAGUGGGGGAUUGGAAGUGCGGGGGAUGGGAGGGCUGAGGUGACAGAGGGGGGAGGUAUGGUUUAG